AUAUUUUACGCUUCAAACUCAGUUGCGGUUUGGAGAAAAAAAAACUUACAAAACAAAAGUUAAAUUUUAAUAUGUUGAAAAACGUGUGUGUUUUGUCAUAUCUUGUCCUUCAAAGCAUAAUUGAAAGAGCCGCUGGCGUAAUUUACACAUACGAAGAUGUUGAACUAAGACGAAUUUUUCCAAGAGAAUUCCCCCAGGAUACAGUACGGCGAAGUGGUUCAUUGGAUCCAGAACAUUUAGGGCGAUAUAACGAACUGAAAAGGUAUUUUAAGUACCCAAAAGCCCAACUGAACAGCCACUUUGAAGAGUUGGAAUGCUAUGAAGAUGGUCAAAAAAAGCUUUGUAAAAUAGAUUUGGACCGGCACUCGCCGGAUGAAGACAACUACUAUAUGACUUCAAAACAGGAGAGCCACGUCGACCGCCGUAGAGUCUACUGCUUCAUGCUGCUUUGCUUCACGGAAGAUGAGCUUGACAGGGUCGUUGCUUCGUUUUAAAUUAAAUGUGAACCAUAAAUGUUUUUGUAGGGACUCAUAAUAUAAUUAUAUGAGUAGAA